AUAAGCGACGUAAACAAUAACAAGAACAUGUGCGUUUGAGGUGGAAUUUCAGGACGAUUGUUUUGCUGGGAAAAAAAAUUACAAUGCAGUAAAUGAGAGAGCAGAUUAAUAAUAUACCAACAAUGGACACCAUUUUACAAGAAGCAGUACCAAAACUUUUUGGUGAAGAUGUAAAUCAGAAAUUAGUUAGAAGAAUCAGUAAGGAUCUGGAGAAUCUAAAGGCCUCUGAUCAGGAACUGCUGGUGGAGAGGAUCAGUAACAAGUUCAGAAAGUUGUUGAAUGAUGAUCCUGUUAAAGCGCUUGUUACUGCAACUUUGCUGACAGAUGGAAACCACAUUCUCAAGAGGGCUUUAUCUCAAUGUGUAGAAGAGGUUCUUAAAGUUAGCUGUAUCAAGAUUGAUUCCCUGCAUGUAACAGAAUCAAGAAAACAAUCAGAAUUUCACAUUGCUGUAAAGGCAGUAUAUGGCAUUGUUCAGUAUGUUCUUCCUCUGGAAACUGAAGUAGUUGAGGACCUUGCAUUACAGCACCAGCUGAAGAGAAUUUGUUUGUCACUUCAAAGAGCAGUUGUAAGCAACAAGUUACCAUCCGACUGCAGCUUGAUUGUAUCAACUUCAUUAUGCAUUAGCUCAGCUAUGCUUUGUACAGGGAAUAUGGAAAUUAAUUUCUUAAAGCUGAUAAAUGGCGUAAUCCAAGCACAGACUCGGAAAGGAAACUGUGAAGACAGCGAUUGGUCUUGUCCUGAUAUAGAAAUAGAGGAAGUGGCAGAAUUCUGUAGAGAGAUAACACCAUCUCUCCCUAUUGUUUUAAUGUUUCAUGGACUAUUCAAUUCAAAUGCUGCUUGGUUAUAUUCAUCUGAGGAGAGAGGAAGUGACAGUGAAACGAACAUUCCAUUUCUCUAUAAAGUACAUCCAGUUAUCAUGAAGAUGUGUAAAUCUGCAGCAAGCUAUACAUUUCAGGCAUUUCAGGUGCUUCACAUGUGGCUUAUGUGUGUGAGGAAGUAUGGUAACAUGUUAAAGGAAGUACAACAUGAUAAGGGGAAAAAAACAGGAUGUAGUCUCGAGCAGCAGCAUCCAGCUUCCUGGUCAAUUUUCAUGCUCCAGGCUGAUGAUAGCAAUACUGUAUUCCAUCUUUUGAAUUCUAACUGGGAAAAUCCAGCUAAAGGUGUGAGUGAUGUUGUAUACACAUGUAUGUCAGAGUUAUUAGAGCUGCAUGAUGACAGACAGCCCGGUCAGGCCAAAGUACUAGCCAGCAAUAUGUUAGAAGCUCUUGUCAGUUCUGCUGCGUGGACAUCAAAGAGCACCUACCCACCUCUAGGCCUAGCCAUUUCUUAUGUAGGGGCACAGGAGGCCCUACAGCAGCAUCCUGUAUUACCAACUAGUUUAACAGAGUCCCUUAAGGUGAACCAUCUGGCAUCAGCUGGUACUAAUGUAUACAAAAUAGUGCUUAGCCAGUUAUCUGUCCAUGCGUGGCAUCAGCAUUUCCUCCAUAUUAUUUGUGAUGGUUUACACAGCCAAGAAAGAAUGAUCCAACAACAUAUUCUCACUCUGUGGCUUCCACCCACUCUCCGUCAAUAUGGUAGUGUAUAUCAAGAGCUGAUAGCCUUGUGCCAGGAUUGCUCUUCAGGCUGGCUUGCACGCAUGGCUAUCUUGAGAGUUGCUCGUAGUCUUGGCGUUUUGGACUUGCAAGAUAAUUCAGAUGCAGAAAUGGAGAGAAAUGAGAGGCAAGAGGGAAGUGGAGUAGGUAAUGGAAUGACAACAGCAUCUGUUAUGGGCUGUGUUGAGUCUGCUCUUUGUUGUAUAGAUGAGGUGGUAAGGGGAGAAGCACUUGCUUUCCUGUGCUGUACUCAGAAGGGAUCCCAACCUGUUUCAUCUAGGGAAAGUGAACUGUUGAGAGAGUUCUUUAAAUGGAAUAUGAAUAUUGAUUCUGCUCCAUUCCGACAAAGUAUCAUCAAAUGCUACAAAGCUCUUGUGAUAAGACUUCGAGACACUUGUCAUGCUGAGCUAAAGAAAUCAGGUUACAAAGCUAAAGACUCAGAAGGUCCAUUAAGGUCUGCACUGCUUGAGAAAUUGCCAGUGCUGAAGGUGAACUGUGAACUUUUGAUAUGGCUUGUAUAUUUUCUCCAUGAUAACCUUACACCUGAAGGAAAUUACCAAAGAAGAAUCCUGUCUCUACAGUUGUACAGAGAAACCCUUUUAGCAUUUUAUGAGAGUGCAAAGUCAGGUAAAUAUUCCAUAAAUGCAAGUUAUGCAACUGCUUGUGGGUUCAUCAAUUCUGUUGGAGGAGAUGGAGUCACUCAUAAGCUUGUGGAUUUCACUUUACCUUGGACACAAGAAAUAUUACUUACGUUAUGUAUGGAUGAAAUGAAUGACAUACGAGAAGAAGCUGAAUGGACACUCAGAAUUUUGGAGUAUUCAAAAAGUUCUGUGUGCUAUUCGGAUGCUCAUUUGUGGCUGAUGAGGGGACUGUCUAUGUGUGAUUCUCCAAAAGCAAGUUCUGCCGAAAGCGGGGCUACUCUUGUAAAGGUCGUCACGUCGGUUUGUCAUGCAAGUGGUCACGAUAUCACCACUAUGCUAAAGGCUAAGGAUUGUCAAAGCUUGCUGACUUUCCUUUUUUGUCGUGUAGGAGAGCAGUUUGAAGCUGCACAGGGAAAAUCUUCUACUAGCUUCACAAAGAGGUCCAAUCCAUGGAUCUUUAAUGGCUUUGGGCUAUUGCUUAUGCAGAGAUGUAUUUACUACAACAAUAUAACUGAAUACAUGCUCUCCAAACUGGCAUGUGCAUCGCCAAAUGGAUCAGCUUUUGCUCCUUCCUUUGCUGAGAUGGGAGAAUCGAUAGAAAUGAUUAUAAAGGAAUGUGAGAGCAAAGAUGUUGAAGGGAACCCAUACAGUGAAGAGCUCCUCCAGCACCAGAAAAAUGUGGAUGUAACAGUAGAAGAGGAAGAGGAGGUGGAUAUAGAAGAUAAUGCUAUCUCUGGGAACCAUCAGUUGAUUCUUGCAUGUUGCUGGCAAACCAUGAAGGCCUGUUGUGUUGUAACAAGUAUGAGUGUCACACACUGGAUAGGACACCUAAAUGAAAGUCUUGUGGAGAAAUUGCUUCACGGUGUUGUCGUAAGGGUUCUCACAGGUACCAGACACAAGGGGGCAAUGGAGGCUGCCAGAGCUUCUUAUGGUCAGCUCUGUUCUGUUCUCCUUGGCAGCAGCAACAACCUUGGUCAUCUCAUAUACAAGCAGGUGAAUGAAGUCCUUGAUCAUAUAGAAUCUGGAGCUCAAACUUCAGUGACUCGUCGUGCGGCAGGAAUUGCAAUGAUGAUGCAGGUCGCCUGUGGGGCAGCACCUCGCACUAAUGUUGAUCUCAUUAAUACGACUGUUUUGCGGCUAAUCCAUAUCAGCCAGGCAGAGUAUGAAGAACAAAACACAGUAGAUGCAUCUCCAGUUCUAGCACUUCACAUGCUACAGUCUCUGGUGCUGCAUGCUCCCUUAGCACAUCAUCUGCUUCUCCACCUCCCUGCCAUAACCAGUACCUGUCUGCAGGCUUUCACCAACCACUCAUGGGCCCUAAGGAAUGCUGCUCUGCAACUGUAUGGGGCUGUGGUGCCAAGAAUGGUUGGCCAGAAGAAGGUACGAGAUGAUUCAUCUGUACUGAAUAGUCUGACAGCACCAGAGUUCCUAGCCAGACAUCCAUCUCUGGCUCAAUCCCUGCUGAAGAUGCUCAUGGAACCAGGAGUUAUGAAAGAAGAGUCCUACCAAAAUAAGGAGAGUACUUUAGAAUCUGAGAAUACAGAGGAAAGGAGCCCUUGUAAGGUUACCAGUGAGCCUGGGGACAGUAUGUCUAUUAAGGUGUCCUCUAGCUUAGUACCAGUACUCAGCUUGUUAGCGAGAUUGUCACCAGGUACAGGAUUACAACAGAAUGCUGAGGUUAAUGACAUACUCCAGCAUUACCGUACGGAGACAACACGACUUUUACAAUCACCCAUACACACUGUGCGCCGAUUAGCUUCUCUGGCUGUUGUUGCCCUAACUCCAUCAGAAGAUGUGUUACAACUUGUUCAUAAACAUGUUGAACUCCUGGAGAGACAAAGUAAAAUAACUAAUAAUGAAACUCAUGGAAGUCUUUUGACAUUAAUGAAUAUCCUGACAAGUUACCCAGACAUCCAAAAUAAUACCACAGUAAAAGGAAAGAUAAGUACAGCAUUGUUAGGCUUGAUUAACUCAGAAAACAGAUGUUACGUUAACACUGUCCUUGCAGUGAGAAUUUGCCAGUUGCUUAAAACAAAUAUUAAUUUUGAGAAAUCUGUGGCACUUGAUGAUACUCAUCCAGGAGCAGCAGAGUACUUUCAGCUCCUGAACAAAAUGAAAAUGAAAGAAGUAACUGGUAAUGAAAUGAGAAAAUGUUUAAUAUCAUGGAUUUCAGAUCAUGACAUGGAAGAAAUCUGUUUUGAUUAUAUACAGGAACACAUAGGACAAUACAAGAAUAACCCAUGGUUAAAAGAUAUUGAAAAGCUCCUAUGGGAAAAGCUGGAACAUCAUACCACAGUACGGUGGAGUCCAGUUUUAAACACUCUUCAUUCAAUUAUCAAAGAACAAGGAUAUGUAACCCACACACCAUCUAAAGAUAGCUUAAAGAGUAUUUUGCACUUGCUCAAGGGAUACCAUGGUGUUAAAAUAGCAGCUCAAACACUUAGGGUUGUGUCAUAUCUUUUUAAAUGUAUAAGCUGCAAUCAGUGGCCUAACACAGAGCUCAGAACAGAGAUACUAAGUGCUUUCUCAUCAUUAGUCAGUAAAUAUGCAGCACCAACCUCUACUGAAGAUUACCGGUUGGCGGCAAGUGAUGCUUUGAGGGUUGCCCUGAGAACAUUGUUAUUUGGUGAGCCUAAGUUGCACCCUCUCUUCUGUGAACAACUAGUCUAUGCCUGUGUUGAGCUACUGCAAGAUGAAGAUUCCACCAUCAGAGAUUCUGCUUGUCACAUAGUGGAGUCUCUGAGGCAAAACAGGAGUCAGAAUCUGGAAAGAGGUUCCACAGAAAUUAAUGAUUUGCCUGCAGAAAACAUUCAUUUACUUCAUCCAAAUAUCUCUUUAAGGGAAUAUUUUGGACUCCUAGCCUCAUGGAGUGCCAGUAGAAGGGACUGGACCUUUCUAAGGAUAUUAUGGAGAAUAGCUAGCAACCAACAGCAAAGCCCUGCUAAAUCUAGCAAGGAUGAAGAAAGUUCUAUAAAACCCAAGUCAUAUCUUUUUCAGUCACAUACCAUGAAUUUAUAUAAAGAGCCAAAACAUUUCAGUAUUAUCACAUCUGAAUUAUUGUUGAAAGCUCUGAAGGAUGACAAAGGCUCAGUGCAAUAUGAAGAAUGUGUGUGGCUCACAGAGGAGUGUCAGCAGCUUAACAGACGGGGGCAGAUUCUUCACAGUCAGCUGUCCAGCAGUCCAGCAUUGGCCUUACAGAAAGAGUUGCUUGUUGCAGUUAGCACGUACAUACUUGCUUAUGAGACCUUAUUACAGAUGAGUACAGUUUUUAAUGUUCACAUAGAUCUUGCUUUUCCAAUAUCAUGGAAUUCCAGCAAGUUUUGUACUGUAGAUUUCAAGAGUUGAUAUUGAAAAAUAGUGUAAAUUAUUUUUAAGAGUAAAUUAUGAAUUGGAUUGAAACAAAUAUUUUU